AACAGUUCGUCGACGUCACCCAUGGCGGACAUAUUUGUUCCGACAUUUUGACAUUUAUCUCCCGGUUAAUUAUUUCCAAUUGGACCUUUAUAUUGAAUAAAUCUUUUUGAUUUCUUUCACCAUGGAUGAAGAAUACGACGCGAUCGUGUUGGGCACUGGGCUCAAAGAAUGUAUCCUUAGCGGGAUGUUAUCUGUCUCCGGAAAGAAGGUACUGCACAUUGAUCGUAACAAGUACUACGGCGGAGAAUCUGCGUCAAUUACCCCGUUAGAAGAAUUGUUCGCAAAGUUCAAUGCACCGGCUCCGGACGAAACUUACGGUCGAGGCCGCGACUGGAACGUGGACUUGAUUCCCAAAUUUUUGAUGGCGAAUGGCCUUCUUGUAAAACUGCUCAUACAUACGGGCGUGACCCGAUAUUUGGAAUUCAAAUCGGUGGAAGGUAGCUAUGUCUACAAAGGCGGUAAGAUCUCUAAAGUGCCGGUUGAUCAAAAGGAAGCACUGGCAUCUGACCUUAUGGGUAUGUUUGAAAAGAGGCGUUUCCGUAAUUUCCUAAUUUACGUACAAGAUUUCCAAGAGGAAGAUUGCAAAACUUGGAAGGAUUUCGAUCCCAGCACAGCGAAUAUGCAAUCAUUAUAUGAUAAAUUUGGUCUUGAUAAAAAUACUCAAGACUUCACUGGUCAUGCGCUAGCACUGUAUCUUGAUGAUAAUUACCUCCAACAGCCGGCUAUUCAAACCAUUCGUCGCAUUAAAUUGUACUCGGAUUCCUUGGCAAGAUAUGGUAAAUCCCCAUACUUAUACCCUAUGUAUGGAUUAGGUGAGCUUCCUCAAGGCUUUGCUCGUCUCUCUGCUAUCUAUGGGGGGACGUACAUGUUGGACAAACCCAUUGAUGAGAUCGUCUUAGGAGAAGGUGGCAGAGUUAUUGGAGUACGCUCUGGCAAUGAGAUAGCCAAGUGUAAGCAAGUUUAUUGUGACCCCAGCUAUGUCCCUGACAGAGUGCGCAAGAAGGGUCAAGUGAUUCGCUGCAUUUGCCUAUUAGAUCAUCCUAUUGCUAAUACAAAGGAUGCCCUAUCUACCCAGAUUAUCAUUCCUCAGAAGCAAGUGGGCAGGCAUUCUGAUAUAUAUGUGUCCUUGGUGUCUUAUACACACCAGGUAGCUGCAAAGGGAUGGUUCAUUGCUAUGGUGUCGACUACAGUUGAAACUAAUGAUCCUGAAUCUGAGAUAAAACCUGGCCUAGACCUGUUGGGACCUAUCAGGCAGAAGUUUGUCUCUGUAACAGAUUAUUAUGAACCUACUGAUGAUGGCAGCCAAAGUUCCAUCUUCAUCUCGGAAUCUUAUGAUGCAACAACUCACUUUGAGACAACAUGUUUAGAUGUGCUAAAGAUUUAUAAGAGGGGUACUGAUGAAGACUUUGACUUUUCCAAAGUUAAAGUGGAGCUGGGAGAAGAAGAGCAGUAAAUAAGUCCUAUAUACAUAAAUUGCUUGUUAAUUUUAAUCUUUGUUUACUGAACUGUUUCGCAACAAUUAUAAAAAGAAUUGUUCAUUAGGGAUUUUUGGGUAAAGAUUUAUAAGAGCUAAGGUGUAUUGGCAGUAGAUAAUUGUAUAUGUGCAACUAUUCUCAUUGAAAUGGCCCCAGUAAAUGUAUUAUUGUAUUAUUACCAAAAAGAUUCAAAAAAGAUUAUUAUUUAAAUGAUUUUAUUUGUCUUUAAGAUGCUUUUAUUAUUUAAGUCUAAAAUGCUGCUAAUAAUGAUCUGCACAAGAGAAGUGGUAAGUUUAUUUGUCGAAUUAUGCAUUCCAUUUUGGUACAUUAUUUGAUCCUGUAACCAUAUCAUAUUUGUAAUAUGUCAAAAAUAUGAAUGCUCACUAUACAUGUAUAUGUUUUGUGUAAGAUCAUCAAUAAAGAUACAUAAUAUUUAAAAA